GGGGCAGCAGUGGAGGGAAAUGAGAGAUAGCGAGCUGGCAAACUCACUUGGGACAGGGAAGAGCUGCAGGUUAGGGCACAGCAACCGACAAAAACCUGACAGUGAAUGAAUGAGCGAUGACUGUCACCUGUGAAAGGACACCUGUAGGCAGGUGUGUCUGCGUACACCGCAUGGGCGAUUUUAUGUUCAUUCACCCCAGGUGGAUUUUAUGUUUAUGUGUAUGUGACAUUUAUGUGUGGCUCCUGAACGUGUGAGUAAACCUGCAGGCAGGCCGAGUGUGUGAGCACUCGCACCUGGCAGUGUGGGGCAGUGAAGGUGGGUGUGUGAGUAUUUGGGGUGUGUUUGUCAGUGUGACUGUAGUUAGGGGCAGGUCUGAGUAUGUCAAAGUUCAUGCAGGCUUGUUAGAGUGGUGUGUCAGAGGAGGGCAGCUGUGGCCAGCAGGAAUUCUGUGGGCUCUGUGUGUACCUGAAUGCUUGCCAUUGGAGUCCUUCGCCAGGAUGGAGGCUGUUGUGAACUUGUACCAGGAGAUGAUGAAGCACGCAGAUCCCCGGAUCCAGGGUUACCCUCUGAUGGGGUCUCCCUUGCUAAUGACCUCCAUCCUCCUGACCUACGUGUACUUCGUUCUCUCACUUGGGCCUCGAAUCAUGGCCAAUCGGAAGCCCUUCCAGCUCCGCGGCUUCAUGAUUGUCUACAACUUCUCCCUGGUGGCACUCUCCCUCUACAUUGUCUAUGAGUUCCUGAUGUCUGGCUGGCUGAGUACCUAUACCUGGCGCUGCGACCCUGUGGACUAUUCCAACAACCCAGAGGCACUGAGGAUGGUUCGAGUGGCCUGGCUCUUCCUCUUCUCCAAGUUCAUUGAGCUAAUGGACACAGUGAUCUUUAUUCUCCGGAAAAAAGACGGACAGGUGACCUUUCUACAUGUUUUUCACCACUCAGUGCUGCCCUGGAGCUGGUGGUGGGGAAUAAAAAUUGCCCCAGGAGGAAUGGGCUCUUUCCACGCCAUGAUCAACUCCUCUGUGCAUGUCAUCAUGUACCUGUACUAUGGAUUGUCUGCCCUUGGCCCUGUGGCUCAGCCCUACCUUUGGUGGAAAAAGCACAUGACAGCCAUCCAACUGAUCCAGUUUGUCCUGGUAUCCCUGCACAUCUCCCAGUACUACUUCAUGCCCAGCUGUAACUACCAGUACCCAGUCAUCAUCCACCUCAUCUGGAUGUACGGCACCAUCUUCUUUGUGCUCUUCUCCAAUUUCUGGUAUCAUUCUUACACUAAAGGCAAGCGGCUGCCCCGUGCACUUCAGCAGAAUGGAGCACCAGGUACUGCCAAGGUCAAGGCCAACUGAGUAUCGUGGCUUAGCUAGGCGCCCACCUAAGUGCCUCAGGACUGCACCUUGGGCAGCAUCCGUCAGCGUCCUCUCCACCUACACCUGCGACCAGGGCUUAUGUGGUCAGGACUGGGCAGGGGAUGGCCCUUCCCUCCCCACAGCUGGUACAGGGACCACUGCUUCCGUUCCUCACCCACUUCCCCCGGCCAGCCCCAGGGAUGUGGCCUCAAUGCCCUGGAGAUAGGGGCUGAAAGGGUUGGACACUUACUCCCCCCUCCCUGCCUUAAACUUGGGAGAGGAGCACUCAGGGCUGGCCCCCACCAGGGUCUUGUGGCCUUUUUUCCUCACACUGAAGAGGUCAGCAAUAAUCUGUCACUGUGGACUCAGCCUCCCUCCUCCACUCCAUAACUGUAGCAGGAGCUUCUUGGCCAAAGGUCAGAGUAGGUGGGGGGGCCUGGGAAUACAGCCUGUGGAGGCUGCUCACUCACUUUGUCUUCAUUAAAAGUGACAGAGGAAACGA